AUAAGCCUCAGUAAGUCACCCGAGAAACCCCCACCGUCGUUUCGCUCCGCAGUUCCUCACGGCGCAAAGAGAGACGCGGAUUUCAAUGAACCUGAAACUGUGAUGCUCGGUUUCUUUGCUCAGGAGCCCUCACGCAUGAGUCUGGAAAUACUUUUGAUCUCCAUGCCCUCCCGUUCCUAGCAGAAGACCACUGCGACAAUGACCAUCCAUGUAGAGGGGCUUGUGGCUAUAGCGGUCUUCUAUCUGCUCAUCCUGUUCGUGGGCAUCUGGGCGGCAUGGAAGAACAAGCACUCCGGAGAGGCGGAGGGCACCGACCGCAGCGAAACCAUCAUGGUCGGAGGGAGAGACAUUGGACUGUUUGUCGGUGGAUUCACAAUGACAGCGACCUGGGUGGGUGGAGGCUACAUCAAUGGUACAGCUGAGUAUGUGUAUCUUCCGGACUAUGGUUUGGCUUGGGCUCAAGCGCCAUUUGGAUAUGCCCUCAGUCUGGUUGUUGGUGGUCUUUUCUUUGCUAAGCCCAUGCGCUCAAGGGGUUAUGUCACCAUGUUGGACCCUUUUCAGCAACUGUAUGGGAAACGUAUGGGUGGUCUUCUCUUCAUACCCGCACUUAUGGGUGAGAUUUUUUGGUCUGCUGCCAUCCUCUCUGCCCUCGGUGCUACUCUGAGUGUCAUUGUGGACAUCAACAUCAAGAUGUCAGUGGUUAUCUCUGCACUCAUUGCGAUAUUCUACACCCUGGUUGGAGGACUGUACUCUGUGGCCUACACGGAUGUGGUGCAGCUGUUUUGUAUCUUUGUUGGCCUGUGGAUCAGCGUCCCCUUUGCUUUGUCUAAUGCUGCUGUGUCAGACAUCACUGUGACUGCAGUGAAGACGGUCUAUCAGUCACCCUGGAGAGGCAGCGUCAAGAAGGAAGACACCUGGAUCUGGAUCGACAACUUCUGUCUUCUGAUGCUGGGAGGAAUACCUUGGCAAGUGUAUUUCCAAAGGGUGUUAUCUGCCUCCUCCGCCACCUAUGCACAGGUUCUCUCUUUCCUGGCUGCUUUUGGAUGCCUCGUCAUGGCCGUGCCCUCUGUUCUCAUCGGAGCCAUUGGGGCCUCCACAGACUGGAACCAGACAAGUUAUGGUGGACUUUCUCCAAAAGACAAGGAGGAAGCAGACAUGAUUCUCCCCAUUGUACUUCAGCACCUCUGUCCACCAUUUGUUUCUUUCUUUGGUCUGGGGGCUGUGUCUGCCGCUGUCAUGUCUUCUGCAGACUCCUCCAUCCUGUCUGCGAGCUCCAUGUUUGCAAGAAAUGUCUACCAUCUGGCCUUCAGACAGUCAGCAUCUGACCGUGAAAUUGUAUGGGUUAUGCGAAUCACAAUCUUUGUAUUUGGCGGCCUUGCCACCCUGAUGGCCCUGGUCACUGGCACGGUUUAUGGCCUCUGGUACCUGAGCUCAGAUCUGGUUUAUGUCAUCAUCUUCCCACAGCUCCUCAGCGUGCUCUUCGUCAAAGGUACCAACACGUACGGCUCAGUAGCUGCGUACCUGUUUGGCCUUGUGCUGCGUAUAGGUGGAGGUGAACCCUACCUGCAGCUGCCUCCUUUCAUUUAUUACCCAGGCUGGACGACUGAGCAGCGAAAGCACCACAUUACAGGAGAGAUGGAGGAAAUCGUCAUACAGAAGUUCCCCUUUAAGACUGUCUCCAUGUUGGCCUCCUUUGUGGGUAAUUUUGUUUUCUCGUACCUGGCGAAGUACUUGUUUGAGAGCGGAAAGAUUUCACACAAAUAUGACUUUCUGGAUGCCGUGGUGUCCAGUCGUAGUGGGGAAAUAAUGGAUAAAACUACUCUUGUAACCCGAGGCAAUAACAUCGGGCUGUCGGAGUUGGCGCCUGUCAAACCGCGGCUGAGCGUGACGUUGGCAGCCGCCUUCACCCGCCGUGACACGCUGCCAGAGGAAACAGUUGAGGAAGAAGAGGAAGAGUCCAGCCCUGACUUCUCACACAAUGAAAAAUGACAAAACCAGGAUUUAAUGAAAAUAUGAAUAAAUACGUAAAGAUGGAAUACCUGAUUCAACCGACAUGGGGCCAAGAGACAAGAAGCAAACUGAACUUCAAAGUGCCAAGACAUUGCACCUAAUUGGAUAAGAGCCACUUGUCAGGAUAUAAGAUUUAUUGUAGCAGCUUGCAGAUUAUCAAGAUAUGAUGCCGUCUUUCAUGACGUAAAGCAACACCCUCCAACAUAUUUAAAUAUAUACACUGAAAUCACUUAUACAUUGUCAUCUUGCAUACUCAUACCUUUUUAACUGGGUUAGAGGUAUAUCUGUAGUCUAAUUUAUUUGACUAUUCAGCACUGACGAAAAAGUCUACAAAUCAAGUUCUAAAGGUUCUGUUUAUUACAUAAAAACAUGUAAAGCAAUUGGCAGGUACUUUAUAAAAAAUGACAGCACAACCACAGUUUGGAAGGGAACCAAUCAUAUAAAAGCAAUAAGAAAUACAAUUUCACACACAUGCAGCAAUUGUAAUGUAGUCUGAUAGUGACAGUAGCAGUAGAGUAUAUCAGCUUGAGGAAAUAAUGGAAAAUUGAAUAAUUAUGUAUUGUGUCACAUUUUUUUUAUGCUUUUACUGACACUAGAAACUGUGAUAAAAACAAAAAAUGCUCUCAGUGAACCGAAAAUAUCUAAGCAGAAAUUUGCUUCCAGUCUCAUUAUUGUUGGGGGUAGAAACUAUUGUAGCCAGAAAAAAAAGAAUGGGUUAGUGUUUUAAAUGAACUUGUAUUCAACUGCCUUAAAGAUGCUCAUAAAAAAUAUAUUUUAUUUUCAACGUUCUGACCAGACUUCUGUGAGACUGGAGUAAGAAAGACUUUACAAUGAAUGUAAAAUCUACAGAUGAUCUAGAUUAAAUUAAAUGGGGCACGUCUUGUUCUUCAUGUUACAGAGCAUUGUGUUUACAGGCUCUGACUUAGUUUCUGCCAGUUACUUGUUUUUGCAGCAGCAGUGAAUAGAUUAUUUUCUUGUGACGUGUGUAUUUGUAUACAUGCUGUAUAAGGAUAAAACAUAUAUAAGGAUAACAAUAUUGCUGGUUGGAUUGUCCAUAUAAGAUUUAAAAAAACAUUCAGUAUAAAUGUUUAUUUAUUUUUGAUGUCAUAAAAACAAUAAAGAGUGACAAGAGUGAAGACAACUAUUAGAUAUUUCUAAACAAGUUAAUCCUUUGUGGCUGUUUUGCUGGUUUAUGAUAAAAAACACAGGGAAUACUGAUCUAAUUUGUCGGGCCAUGUUUCUCAAACAAUACAAGUACUUGGGUUGCCGUAGUAAUUAGAAAGAGUAGUAUAAUUUUAUCCUCAGUAACUGUGAUGUAGUGCUAAUAAGCAGAAACAUCCAACAAGAUGAAUUUUCCAAGCACACUGAUCUAGCUUCAAAUGAAAAAAAAGUGGAAUAUCCUUAUUGUAGUGCUCUAUGAAAAGCUAACUGCUAUUAGUGGUGAAAGCUAAUAACAGUUUACUUCUUUGAGAUUCAUCAUUCAAACACUAAAGGAUCAUGUGUGUAUGUGUAACCAUUUAAUACUGCAGCUAACACUUAAUAUUAAACAUGCUGCAGCCAAAUUGGAUUUUCAGAUUGGGGUUGGUGGGAAGCCUCUGACUUUCCCACUUUUCACUUCCUAAAUAUUAUGUCCAAACUGGAACUUGGGCAGUGCUUUUUUUUGCCUUCUUUCUGUCUUUUUAAAAAACCAAAACAAACUGGAAAAAGUGGAAAGUCUGCUAAAAGGUUUGAGAACCCCUCGGUUAGUGUAUAAAAUGUUAAACUCCCUCUUAAAAGUAACAGCAAUCUGAAGAAUUGGUAACAGGCUCCUAAAACAUGCAGAGUUUGUGAAAAAAAAAAAUCUCACAGGACAAUUGAUAACCUCUAAAACUUUUGUUUUUCAGUCUGUUAGCAAAAACUACAAACUCAAAUUUUGUGAAAGCCUAAAUUAAAGGCGUUGUUUUAAAUUAUUUGAUUUUCCUGGAUAUUCAUCAAUAUUUAGAAGAAAGUAAAUACAUUUCCAUAAAUGUUAUUGUUUCUUGGAAUCUAGAAAAUCUUCAAGCCUGGGAGAAGACAAACCAACAUAAUGCAUAAGUCUUAAUGCCAGCAACUUCUUUUAUUCUAAAUUAAAGGUGUUAAACCAAGUCAGAGAUGCAAUUUUAUGAAGUAGAAUUUCUUCUCACAUUUUAUGAUUAUGUUUGAAUCUAUCUUUAUCUAGCUUUUCCUAAUGAUUUGAACAGUUUUUGUGUUUUUUAGACUUGGUACAUAUAAGGCUUGAUAUCCAAUAGCUUCAGCUGCCUUGGUCUUUAAAAAUAGGUACCUUUAUUCAAAAAAAGACAAAUAUAUUGUUCCAAGCUGUUCUCAGUUGCGCCCAUCAGUAAGCUGGAUUGAAGACUGAUAAAGACUAAAUGUUGGAAGACGUGACUGAAAUUACAAUCGCUUGGCUUGCUUCUUUGUCCCCCCUCCUUGUCCACAAUGAAAGACAGCAUCUUAAAAUAGCUCUCCUCCCUGCUUAUUUACUUUAAGUGCUGUACUCUCUCUGGCCUGGGACUAGGGGAGGAGCCAGGGGAAAAUGGGCGGGGUCACCGGUUGCUCAGAGGGUAAAAUGAACAAAAGGGGGGGGGGCUAAAAGCCCACUAACAUCCACUGCUGUAGAAUUCGCCAACCUAGAUCCACGGAAAUGACGCAAGUGCUUGAAGUGUUCCCUGCGUCUCCUCCCUCCAUUAUCGUUGACCUUUUGGAUGUCCUUGAGAACUUAGACCAAUCCCAUAAAAAGAAGAGAGGGUGCGGGUAGAAAAAGAGUCCUGCCUCCAUUCACAGAAAGUGGCUCUCAGAGCACUCAUGAUAAUUAACAAUUAUGAAACAAAACUGUCACUUGUCCAAAAGUCAAUCCAUUUAUAUUCAGCGCUGUACAGAAGGAGAGAGACUGGUGGGGGAUGGUUUGUGUGGAACGUUUGGAUACAAACCAAAACACAUUCUGUUAUAGCCACAUAUUAUGUUUAGAAAAUCCUUUGAUUUUUUAUUUAUUUAUUGCAGGCACAAUAGUCUUUUUAAUGUUUUUAUUUCAAAUUUUGGACUGAAUAAUGGGAAGAGAAAGGUUCUUGUCAGAAGCAUCCAACAUCUUCUUAUCAAUAAAGCUUAAAGAUGGUCAGAUAAUUUAAAAACAAAAGAAGCUCAAUGACUUAGGGGUCAAAAUGAGUAGACUGUUUAGAGAUGUGAAAUAAAAGCAAUUUCUUAACUGCA